AUGACAACCUUGUUUGACGCCAAUGUCACCGACAUACACGGUGGUGACGGAAUAGAAAAUGCAGCAUAUUUCGAAGAUGUGGACUUUUCGGAAGUUACCCAAAUCGAAAACGGACUGAAUGGAUAUGAAGUACAGGAUACAGUAUCCUUAGUAGAGACUGAAUCACGGGAGGUUGUUGAUAUCCUAAGAAGUUGUAAAAAAUGGCUGACGGGGACCAACUUCUUUGUGUAUUGCAGUCAUUUCCUCUCGGCAUGGGGAGACCGAAUGUGGUCGUUUGGUGUUGGUUUAUUUUUGAUUGAGAUAGCCGCCAGAUCUUUACAGCUAACAGCGAUCUAUGGAUUGAGCUCGUCCAGUUCCUAUCUGCUAUUUGGUGCCAUUGUAGGCGACUGGGUUGACAAAACACCCAGAUUGAGAGAAAUGACGUCGACUUUACGAAGGAUCGAUCUGGGAACUAAAAUUCUGGCACCAAUAGCUACUGGCCAGAUAAUGACGUAUCUUGGCCUAGAAUACGGUGCUGUAUUUAUUGGUGGGUGGAAUUUAGUCACAGUUUUUAUUGAAUAUUACCUGAUCUGGAAAGUAUACCAGACGGUUCCUGCUUUAAGAAAGAAAAAAGGAGUUGCUAAAUGUGAUGACGUACCGACAGUGAAAACAGAAGAAGUUGAAUUGGGAACAGAUGUCGAGGGUGCUUCUGACGCAGUCGAUAAUAUUAAAGUUAGUAAUGAUACAGGAAAUAAUAUCCAGACUGAAAACAAAGGUCUCGAACACAAUGAUUCUGAUAACAGCGCAGUGGAAGAAAGAUCGGAAGAAGGUUCAGAAAAGAAGGAUCCAGAGAAGCCCUUCAGUGAUUUAGCUCCAUCAAACAAGAACGCUCAAACCGAGUCAAAUGAUCCAGUAUCUAAGACCAACACCGCCGAAAUUAAAAAAUCUGGCGGAUGUAAAUUUGGAAAAGGAUUUAUUACUCUGUAUAAAGGUUGGAGAACAUAUUUACGGUAUAAUGUGUGUAAUGCUGGAUUGGGUCUUGCUUUUCUUUAUAUGACUGUUCUAGGAUUUGAUAACAUUACUGUGGGUUAUGCCUAUUCUCAACAUAUAUCAGAAUCAAUUCUGGGAUUUCUAAUGGCAGGAGCAGCAAUUAUUGGUAUUAUAGGAACCAUUACAUAUCCCAUGAUCCGUAAACGUAUUGGAUUAGAACGCACUGGACUCUUUGCUCUAAGUUCACAAAUCGCAUGUCUAGUGUUGUGUGUAGUGUCCGUUUUUAUGCCUGGAAGUCCCUUUGACAUCCUGUACCGCACUCGAGAACAUGUUGAUACUAAAGUCAACUGCACUAGUGCUGCGAAUGUCAGCUCAAUGUCUGAUUACAUGCUUAAUGACACAAAUUCUCUGAACGUUUCUUUAUUAUACGGAUCAUUUGCUAAUUCUUCUUCUUGUGGUGAGGACUCGGGGUCCUUCAAUUAUACUUCCAUCAUUAUGCUAAUGGCUGGAAUCAUUACUGCCAGAUUUGGUUUAUGGACAGCCGAUUUAGCCAUAACUCAACUGUUUCUGGAGACUGUUGAGGAGGAGGAAAGAGGAAAAGUAAAUGGAGUUCAGCAAUCAUUAAACAGACUCAUGGACUUGUUAAAAUUCGCUAUGGUGGUCGCGGCACCAGAUCCCCAAUUAUUUGGCGUUUUAGUGUUCAUAUCGUUUGCCUUUGUGUGUUUAGGUGCGGUUUUAUAUGCCAGUUAUUCGAGAAGAGCUAGAGGUCAUUUAUUCCAUUUUGAUAAAAUAGUCAAGUGUACCAAUAACAAUCACCAAAUACCUACAGAUAAUCCAAAAGUUUGA